ACACACAAACACACACACUCCUCCAGCUGGUCAGGGCUGAAGUCCUCGUGCUGCUGGCUGCUGUCCGGUGUCUCGCGCUCUUUAAUCGUGGUGCGGCUAUGUGGUGCAGCAGAACAGCGCUCCGGCGGCUCGCGCUCCAAACCGCUCCGCUCGCGGGAAUUCAGAGAGACAUGUCGACCUUACCGCGCGUCUACGUCACGCGCCAGAUCCCCCCGCGCGGACUUCAGAUCCUCCGCGAGUCCGGACAAGUGCAGUUUGAGCUGUGGGACUCUGAUGAUCCCGUUCCUCGUCAGGAACUACUGAAGAAGGUCAGAGGUUGUGAUGGACUGCUCUGUGUGCUGACCGAGAAGAUUGAUGCUGAAGUAUUAGACGCUGCAGGUCCGAACCUGAAGGUGCUCAGUACCAUGUCAGUGGGGUUUGAUCAUCUGUCACUGGAUGAGCUGAAGAAAAGAGGGAUCCGGAUAGGAUACACUCCUGAGGUUCUGACGGACGCUGUGGCCGAGCUGACUGUUGCUCUUCUCCUCGCUACAUCUCGAAGACUCAUUGAAGCUACACAUGAGGCCAAAACAGGUGGCUGGGGUACCUGGAGGACUCUGUGGCUGUGUGGACACGAGCUGGCGGACAGCACAGUCGGCAUCCUCGGACUCGGAAGGAUUGGAGUGGCCAUUGCUGAGCGUUUGAAGCCCUUUAAGGUGAAAAAGUUCAUCUACACAGAUGUGGAACCAAGACCGGAGCUAGCAGAGAUGAUCCAGGCGGAAUAUGUGUCGAUGGAUGAGCUGGCGAGGCGGUCCGAUUUCCUGGCAGCGUGCUGCGCUUUGACUCCUGAGACUCAGGGCAUCUGCAACAAGAAGCUGUUCUCCAAGAUGAAGAGCACCUCCAUCUUCAUCAACACCAGCAGGGGAGGCGUGGUGAACCAGGAGGAUCUGUAUGAGGCUUUAUCCACAGGGCGGAUCGCUGGAGCUGGACUAGACGUCACCGUACCAGAACCACUGCCCACCAACCACCCUCUCUUCACACUCAAAAACUGCGUGAUCUUACCCCACAUCGCCAGCGCCUCCUACACCACCCGGAACGCCAUGUCUGCUCUGGCCGCCAAUAAUCUGCUUGCUGGACUCCGAGGAGAACCGAUGCCCAAAGAGCUUCCGCUCUGAAGCCUCAACUCAGGAACCUAAAGCCUCAUAACCCACAACUUCCCCACAAAACUCUGUGUAACAGUACUGAUCUAAGAUCACCUCUCAUCAGCUGUCUAAUAGAAUUCAGUAAACUUUAAAAUGA